UUGACUCAGUGGUUUACCAUGUGAUGAAAUUUCAAAGUUCUUCUUCAUCGAAACCAAGAGUGCUCACGCAUGACAAACAAAGAGACUACAUAUCGUGUAGUUGCAAGAAAUUUGAGUUUGAGGGCAUUCCAUGCAGACAUAUGCUAGCUUUUUUUCGUAUCAACCAAGUGUUUCAUUUGCCUGAUACAUAUAUACUCAAACGAUGGACACGAGAUGCAAAAAUUGGAGCAAUAUAUGCUUUGGGGGAGCAAAAUUACACUAAUGAUCCAGAUCCAGAAAGGUGUUUGAUGUCGAGACACUCGAGGUUAUCUUAUAAAGCUUCAAUAUUAAUUGAUGAUGCAUCUUUGACUACUGAGGGGACAACCUUUUUGGAUGAACAAUUCGAUUCUAUCUAUAACAAAAUUCAAGAGAUGAAUAUUAGUAGAACAUGCAAUGAUAAAAGUCAAAAGAACAAAUCUAUGGAUGAGGGUCUUGGCAUUAUUGAUCCUUCUUCAGUAAGAACAAAGGGAUGUGGGAAAAGAUUGAAAUCAUCAAAGGAGAAAUCAACCUCAAAUUCCAGGCUAUGUCAUGGAUGCGGACAUCGAGGAGUGUCACAUGACAAGCGCAAUUGUCCAAAUUUGCAACAAGGGGGAUCGACUGAAGAUACUAAUCAUAAUAUUGUUGACGACACGUAUGAACCAGAUUUGACAUCUAUAGCAGGUUCUAACAACAUGCACUAGGAUGAUACAGUAAUGAUUCAUUGUACUAUGGCUGUAUUUGAAGCAACGACUGGUUGCAGGCCUCACUUCGUACAGAACUACAGAAAUUAAUGCUCCAUUCCUCCUUUAUAAGUCUUGAGCUAAGGGAAGACACUCUUAAACUAUCCAUCUUAUGGUCUGAAACCAAUUCAUAGGUUUAGUAGUCUCCAAAGAAGUAAAGUUUAGCAUUUUUCUAUUAUUAUACAAGGGCCUCAUU